AUGCGCAACUCGCUCGUGCUGGCCGACACUAAAAAAGACAAACGGUCGGUGACAUCGUUCCGUCUGACCGACGCAUUUUCAAGAAAGUCGCAAACCCUUCGACACAGUGAGACCGCUAAAAUCGAAUUAACUCCAAAGCAAAAACUUCCCGAGUACCCCCCAUUGUUUGGGGGAUCCAUUGACAAUUUAUUACCUUCACAACUUGGCUUCAAAGGUGUCCCCCUUGUUGUUGAAGAUUGUAUCCAUCAUAUAGAAACGCUUUUUCUCUCCUCACAAAAACGUAUUGAUAAAUGGGACAACAAAACACUCAACAAAUUUCUCUGUAAAAAUAGCUGUCCGACCCUUCCUGAAAUCACAGGGGAAACUGCACUGCUGUUAACACAAGAGAAACUGGAGGAUAUGAAAAUCAAAGAAGAGGACGCUAAGAUGAUCUUGGCGUUAAUUCAAAAGGAAAGAACGAAACUGACGACACUGAAUGACAUUGUGGAGAACAAAAUGCCGUGUGUACAAGACUUGAGAAUAGUAUCAGACGUCAUCAAAAAGAUGAACGACGCGAGAGAAGUCAAUCUCUAUAAAAGAUCAUCACUUAUAGUCUCGAUGCACUUACUAAGAACCUUUUUCAUUACACUCGACCCCCCACUCAUCCCCCUCUCCGUCUGUAAAAAACUCGAAGACUUAUUUUCGACGUCCGACGCGUCGAAGCAGAAAAGCGUCUCACAAUUACAACAAGAGUUUACUAACUUGUUGUCACAAGUCCUUUCCCAACGAGCGUACGCGACUUUUGAGGCGAUGUGCUCAUUCUUCCAAAUCAUUGGAAACCACCCCAAAAGUGGAGCCCUCGACGCAUUCACUGAAAUUGUCGUCUUCUUCUUUCAAAGUUUCAACCCAAAUUACACGUUCAAUCAAGGCUGUUUGGACUUGUUACCGAUCUUUUUGGGACUCACUAUGGACGACUCAGACCCAAACUUCUUCCAACAGAAAUUCUCGUUGGAGGACGAGAACAGAUACGACGGCGAAGUCGUCGCAGCGUACGCUUAUAGUGUGAUGUGUCCGUACUUCUUCUUCCCUCCCGCGAGUUUCGAUGAGAUCACAACGGCUGGGUGGUUCAAUGGCAAUGCGUUUGUGACGAAUUAUCGGGUUGUUCUUGCGUGCGACCAAGUCUCGCUCGACUCGAUAUUGUUUGACUGUUGUUUUACACAAGUCCCUUUGUGUGAUAUCAACACGAUGAAAAUCACUAAAGAGACGGUAGAAGGAAAAGUUUAUUAUGUGUUGCGCAUUGCUACAAAAGACUUCAGAAAUAUCACAUUUUUCUCAUUAACAAAUUACAGCGACGAGUUCAUUGCGGCACUCAACUGUAGAACGAUGUUCUUUAAUGUCUCGACGGAGCUGGACAAGUUUGAGUUGUUGGGAAUACAAAGCGUCUCUGUGAGGAAAUUAAUGAACGACGAUUUAAAACGACAAGGAAGAAGAGAGGCAACGUCCCGCGAAUUAAUUGAUGUGUGGAAGAACCCGAACACGAACGUCGAACUGAAAGUGUGCCAAAGUGGACUGUACGAUGGGCAAGUCUAUGAAGUGAAAAUGCCCACCACACCUAUUAGUGAAAUUAUCGAUCUGAUUCAAGACGACAUCGAGAAAAAUAAUGACCAACUGUAUUUUAAAAUGACACAAUUUGCGUCUGAGAUCCUCGACCCUGCGAAAGAAGUCAUCAAAUUGUUACUCACAAAAAGUGUGAUACUCUCUGUGAACAGUUUGAAUGAAUUUAAAGCACUUUUGGGAUUGAUUGCGUUGGGAGCAGACUCUUAUUAUCUGUCACUUGAAGGGUUUCUAGUCCUCUACAGAACAUAUUUCAAAUUCACAGAUACACAACAACGAAUGAUAUUCUUGUGGAUGGUCUGGUUGGUCAUGAAUCAACACACCACAGUCUUCGGGUUCAACGCAAGUUUACUCAAAUUCUUGUUUUACACAAUCCACUCGUUUCGGUUCAACGACGAACUGUUGCAGCAAUUUGUCACUCUCAACAAAAGUGUAUUUGCGUCACUCGGUAAAAUGAAAUUCGCGAUCUUCUCGGACGUCAUCCCACGCCCAGCAGAGUUGUUCUUCCAACACCCCAAUUUACGUUGUAUUCCUAAAAUGAACCAACAAAUCGUCUCAAUGAAAAACACAACAGCGUCAACCGUCCCACCUUUCACUCCAACAACAAUCCAAACCCUUGACGCAGAGAAUAACAGGUUUCUUGACAUCCCCAAUACCGUCUUAACUUGUGUUAAGUUGGUUACAAUGAAGUUACAAAACAACAAGAUCUACGUGUUGUCGGACGGCAUCGCGAAUUUCCAGAAUUUGACGUACUUGGACUUGUCGAAUAAUUUACUCAAAACAUUCCCAUUACUCGGAAGAGUCAAAUUAAGGUAUUUGGAUAUAUCAAAUAACCCACUGACAUCUCUCGGAUUCUUACCAACAACACUGACUACACUCAAUAUGAGAAACUUGAGUAAAAUGCCGGAUCUGUCACAACACUCAUUGGUCACGUUAGACUGUAAUGGGACAUCUGCCAUCUCCACUAAAACUUUAUUCAAAAACCUUCCAAUAACACUGAAAGUGUUAGACAUUGGUGGGAGAGACAUGUUAUCCCUCCCUUUCAAACUGUCCAGACUUGUCAAUCUCACGAAGUUAAACAUUUCGAAUAACAAAAUAUCAUCGUUGCACCCGUCCUUCUUCGAAAUGGGAAUCAAAGACUUGAACAUCGAGCAAAACUCUUUCAAAAUUCUUCCACCAACAUUUAAGAAGAUGAAAGUUGAGAACUUGAUUAAAGAUACGUUCGUCCCUGAUAGAAAACAAGGCGAAAAAAGAGUCGUUAUAAUCGACAAUUCAACGGAAUUGUUCAACGCACUUAUUCGAGUCUUCAAACAAACAAAUUUGAAUAUCAGAGAGGACGCACACUCUGCCAAAAUUACUAUGAGACAAGACAAAGUCGUUGAUAUUAGAGUGAUAUCAUUGGAUACCAUAGAGACACAACCCUAUUUAGGGAUUGACGCUCUCUAUAUCAUACACUCGCACGACGAAAUUUCAUUCAGAAUUAUCGACUUGUGUCAGUACACAUCGACAAGAAAUUACAUUGUCGUUGCAGACAAAAAAAUCGACGAAAACGCACUUGUUUUGGACGAGACUUUUGCAACACUCAAAUCCGUCUGUAAGAAGCUGAGAACAGCGAUUGAUGAGUUCUCGAAAGAAGAUCUCCCAGCACAAUGCUUCCAAGUGUUACGCGCUUUACAGGCGUAUGACUUGUCACCGGCAGUGAUGUCGCCACAGUUGUUCAAAGAAGUUUGUGACAACGUUGGGUUGACUGAGAGUGAAGUGAAUAAAGCAGUCCGCCAGCUAACUGAGCGAAGACUGAUCCAUCGCAAUGUCAUAGAGAAUUUGGUUUCAUCGAGGAAGUCCAAAUUCAUACGACCGGGGGUGAUUGCAGUCAGAAUGACUUAUUCGUCCUUCUUCAGUAACAAAAGUGAGUACUCUUUGGUCGACACAAAACACAAUUUCCACAUCGCGUCGUCACUUUCUAUUCAAAACAAAGGAGUGUUCACUGCACGCGCAUUACAGUGUUGUAAGAUGCACGGACUUAAAGAUGAGAAAACACUUCAAUACAUUACUUCGAUACUUGAGGAGUAUUCUAUAGUGUUAAUCGUCAGAGAGGAGUUGAGUGAUGUAUUAAAUAAGAAGGACAAAUACACUGCCUUACUCGAACAAGCAAGGAAAAUGACAUUAGUAUCCACUGAUGUGAGUAAAGUGGGUGAUGCCACGAUUUUGGUGUCUCUUGUUGGUGUUCCUUUUAUGGGCGAGUGGAACAAGAAGAGUCGAAGUGUUGUGACGAAGCGCGAGUAUCUCUUUAACAAAUUUCCAUUGCAACUUGAAAUGUGUUUAAUAGGAGGUGUUGCAUUAGAAUAUGGUAUUCCAGUCGUUGUGUGGAAAAAGGGGGUCAUCUUUGAAAUUGGUUCCAUCGACUUGAAAUUGGAGUUUGAGCGGAAUAAGUUGGUCAUUUCUGUUCGACAUGGGAUGGAGAGUAUGCGGGAUAUUGUUCGCGCUGGGGACAUCUAUGAAAAUUUGACACACACCAUCCAAGCAAUCGUCUCGAAUUACUUCCCAACAGUCACGUUCAGUAUGCAAGUGUUGUGUAUGUUGUGUGAUAAACAUAGUUUGAGUGUCGAUGAAGUGCAAGACAAGAUCACAUUAGGGCAACUGGAUUACUAUGAGAAAGACCACGAAUACAACUUCUUGUUGACAUCAAUGGAUUUGUAUAUGAAGACUCUUGGGAAUGAAUCCAAGGAGAGACUAUGGGGAAGGAAAUAG